GCUAUAGAUGGAGAUGCAAAGGCAAAGCAAAGCUCAGGAAAGAAGAAAGGUGUCUGCACUGCAUUGCAUGGAGUAAAAGUAAAACCAACCAAAUCUCACGUACAACACUCAGCAGGCAGAACAAGUAAGUCCAACUGUACUCUGCCCAUCCUACAUGUGCCCCAUGUGGGCAGCAACACCAGGUCUUUCACGUAUUUCUUUCUUACCCAACACUCCUCCUCCUACCCUGGCCGUGCACAACACACCCUGUACAAAAGGGCUCUCGUUUUCUUCUGAACCCAGAGGAAGCACAAGAAUACAUCUCCAGUUCUAUCCCUGAAACGCGAAGAGAAGGCAGCAGUGUAAGUUCAUCAGAUUGAUACACCCGUACAUGUCGGAGGAGCCACUGAACAGAAUGGAGGGGAGAGCCAGACGGCGUGCCAGCCCAACCGGGAUACGUACCAGGCCUGUCAGGGUGGAGCCGGAGCCGCCGCCAACCAAGAGGUACGAGAUACGGACGGCGAGGGUGGCGGUGGUGUACUACCUGUGCCGCAACCAACACCUGGAGCAUCCACACUUCAUGGAGGUGCCCCUCGCCUCCCCACAAGGCCUCUACCUGCGAGAUGUGAUGAGCCGAUUGGAUGCCCUGAGAGGGAAGGGCAUGGCAGCCAAGUAUUCCUGGUCCUGCAAAAGGAGAUACAAGAAUGGAUUUGUGUGGCAUGAUCUGUCCGAGGGGGAUCUGCUGCUGCCUGCACAAGGCACCGAGUACGUCCUCAAGGGCUCCGAGCUCCAACUUGACCAGUCGACACCAGUUUCAGAUCAUCAGCAUGAUAGUAGUGCAAACAAUGCAAAGGUUCAGCUUCCCAAGCCAGCUCAGCAGCAAGAAUCGCCUCGUUCUCCUGGAUCAAAUCAAGGGUGGCCUUCAACGUCUCCAUCUCCUGCUCCUACUACUGAACCUGCUGUUCCGGUCGUCAAAGAAGAGGCAACAGUGCCACCACUAGCUCCCCAACCAGCAUUGCUGUCACCACCAUCUGCUUCCACCACCGGGUACGACGAGCAAUGCAGAAUGCCACAUUCAGGCUCCUCAAGCGACUCGUCCCCCAAGGCGAGCAUGCCGUCCUCAGGCGCAAGCUCACCUGGCCUCAACAAUCAGGCGGCAGCGCACGACGCGGCCACGCAAACAGAUGAUAAAGCGAGACGGGACAGCACAAAGAAUCAACAGGGACAAGACACGGCAGGAGUAACCCCGGAAAACCCAGAAAUCGUCUGCGAGUCCCACUCCAAGCGUCAAGCUGCAGCAGAGCAACCUUCUGGUAGAAGGAGUGGCACGCUGCAGUCGCUGAUAAGGGCUGAAGCAGCCGGCAGGAGGAGAGGUCUGCUGGAGGAGGAUGAAAGAACUGCCACGAUCUCCGUCAGCGGCAGGCUGAAGCCGGCCAACCUGCUCAUGUGCCUCAUGACCUGCGGGCCGCACAACCCUGGCUCUGGCCUCGUUCGGACCUCCAAUAAGCAGCGGUUCACGAGGCUCGAGUACCCGUCGUCAUCUCCAGAGCUGUACCCUCUUGGCGAGCUGAAGCCUGGGACUACUAGCGCGUUCACCGCCGGAGGUUCAGAGACAGAGAGUUCCACGGGUAACCGGCUUGACAGUGCUUUGGGCAAGCUUAAACCCUCUUCGUCUCGCGGUCACCAGGAUGGAGUCUGCGAGGAAGCACACCCGUCGAAAUGGGACUCGGCUAACCUGUCCAGGAGUGCGAGCAACAAUACUUUUAAGGCUGUGUCGUUCCACGAUGAAAAGGAGAAAGGGGUCAAAAUGGAAGAAAGGCAGUAG